GUGUUUGUUAUUUUGGAUUUGGAUGUGAGUUUUUUGUUUUUAAAUGAAAACUCUAUCUGGGUGGGUAGGAUUUUGACGAGGGGUGUAUUUGGAUUCCUGGUUAUUAAGCUAAUUUGUUCCAUUUGUGAUGAUAUUUUCAUAUUUGAAUUGUUAUGAUCGAUAAUCUGUUUGAAUUUUUUUUGUUGGUGGUCAAGUUUAUUUGUAUUGAUCGUGGGCUUCUUGAUCAAUUUGCGGACAAUAGUCCUUAAGUUACUACAAUUUUUCCGGCAUAAAGCUACGAACUUUGGUUUGUAUUGAAUGCAAGAAAUUUAAUAGGCCUCAAACCGAUGGGGUAGUAUGAAGGUUCUGAUGCAAAAGACGUUUCAAACACUAUUUGGGAAAUCUGCCAAACAAUACGUGCUGAGUUAAAACAGCUACUCAAAUUGUGUUUACAGGUUCCGAAGUGUCAACACUACAGUUAAUUUUGUCACUCAUGUGGCCUUUAUAUAUUCUGUUUAAUAAGAUUCUUAAGGCAGAAGAGGAAGCAUUAUCAGAGAGAGAACGUUCAAGUUUCUUAGAAUCCUACCCACAUGAGAAGUUAUCUUCUAAUGGAAAAUGCUCUCUUUCUGUUUUGCCCCGUUCGUAUAUUGUUAACGUUCUGCAUAUAAAUCAGUUAUAUUCUUGGGAUUGUGGGCUCGCUUGUGUUCUGAUGGUUUUCAGAACCUUUGGCAUCAAUAAUCACAGCAUCGAGUCACUGGCAGAGAUUUGUUGCACAACAAGCAUUUGGACCGUUGAUCUGGCAUAUCUAUUGCAGAAGUUUUCUGUUAGUUUUUCCUACUACACAGUAACGUUUGGAGCAAACCCAAAUUAUUCUGUUGAGACAUUUUACAAGGAGCAAUUACCUAAUGAUCUGAUACGAGUGGAUAUGUUAUUUAAAAAAUCACUGGAAGCUGGAAUUAACAUACAGUGCAGGUCAAUCAGCAUAGAAGGAAUUUCUCUUUUGAUAUUAUCUGGGGAAUAUAUUGCCAUUGCAUUAGUUGACCAGUACAAAUUGAGUCGGUCUUGGCUGAAGGAUGUAUUUAUCUCAGACAUCAGUGACAUCAAUUCUGGAUACACUGGUCACUAUGUGAUUAUAUGUGGCUAUGACACCGAAACAGAUGAGUUUGAGAUUAGAGAUCCUGCCAGUUCUAGGAAACAUAUUAAGAUCUCUUCACAUUGCCUUGAGGAAGCCCGGAAAUCUUUUGGUACUGAUGAGGAUCUUCUCUUGAUUUCUUUGGACGAUAAUGAUAGUAAGAGAAUCAACCCAUCUCUACAACUUUCUCCUCAUGUCAAAGUCGGCUCAUGACAUCUUUUAUAAUCUGCCAGAUUUGAAGUGUCAUGACUCGUGACCCACUGUAUAAUAUUAAUAUUACAAACUGAUAGUGUAGUUUGUACAUUAAGGAAUAAUAUCUUUUGUAUUUUGAUUGUGAUUCCAGCAUCAACCAACCAACCAUAGCGUUUGGUUUUGUGCUUGAAAGAGAGUUAUAGAGAACUUCACUUUACACGUGCUCUGUAUAUUCAUUCAUAUAUAAUCUGUCAAAUUCAGCUGUUCUUGUAACAUUUUAUUUGCACAUAUCCUUAAACUAAGUUUAAUAAAAUUGAGAUUUGUUUUA